AUGUAUGAGAUUUCAAAGCAUCAGUUCUCUAGGACAAGAUCGAAAUGUGCAAAAGUUAUUAAUGGGAUUGUAGCUGAGCAGUACAAAAUUUUAUGGGAUUACGGUGAGGAAUUGAAGAGAACAAAUCCAGGCAGCACAGGGCUUGUAAGGAAGUUUAAGGCUGGGUACAUGCCAGUUGUUGGGUUGGAUGGUUGCUUCAUAAAAUCUGCAGAAGUUGAGCAGUUGUUAGCAGCUGUUGGCAUUGAUGCUGAGAACUGGAUGCACAACCCUCGAGCAUGGACAUUCAUUUUCAAUAAACAAAAGGGUUUGGUGGAUUCCAUAAGUCAAUACUGUGAAGGAGCGGAGCAUAGGUGUUGUGCUAGACAUCUUUAUAACAAUUUCACCUUGGUACACAAAGGUCUGACCCUUAAGAACUUAUUUUGGACUGCAACAAGGGCAACAACAGUGCCAGAGUGGAGGAGUGCAAUGAAUGAGUUAAGAGACAUAAGUGAAAAGGCUUACAAUUGGCCAAGAAUUGUGAAAAUCAUUGAGAAUGCUAAGUCUGAGGCAAGGUACUUGAAGGCAGACUAUGCAGAGAACCAUAAAUUUGAGAUAAGCAGUAAAGAUGAUUUGAGGUGGAGCGUUGACUUGACAGAACAUGCAUGUGCAUGCAGAAAAUGGCAGGUCACUAGAAUACCAUAUCCCCAUACAAUAUCAAGCAUGCUUUCAAGGGAUAUUGGUAUACAUGAGUACAUCAACCCAUGUUAUAGCAAGGAAACAUACCUCAAGCGUUACUCCCCAGUGAUCCACCCGAUGUCAAGGCCUGAACUGUGGCCAGAAUUGGGAAAGCAUCCUCUCAAUCAACCUCGGAAGAGAAAACAGGCUAGCAGACCCAAAAAAAUGAGGAAUAGGUCACAGGCAGAGCCACCUGCAGGCUGCAAGAGUUAA